AUGUCUACACAACCACUUCUACAACGUACAGCAGGCAAGAGGAUCGCUUUGCCCGUUCGUGUUGAACCAAAAGUCUUUUUUGCAAACGAGCGUACAUUUUUAUCUUGGCUCAAUUUUACAGUUACACUUUCGGCUUUAGCUGCAGGAUUGUUAAACUUUGGUGAUAAUGUUGGUCGUAUAAGUGCUGCUAUGUUUAGCUUUGUUGCUAUGGCAAUCAUGGUUUACGCUUUAAUCACAUACCACUGGCGUGCAUCUGCGAUUCGCAACAAGGGAAGUGGUCCAUACGAUGACAGACUUGGUCCUACCGUCUUGUCAGUUUUGUUGCUCAUCGCUGUGUUGGUCAACUUUAUCCUACGAUUCCAAGAUAAUUAA